AUGAGCUUCGACUUGAAUUCUGAAGAGUUUUCUGUUAAUCCAUUGCCUGAAGGAUUCAUACUUGAUUUUGGUUCUACAAUGGUGAACUAUAACGGGAAAGUUGCCUUGGUGAAUUACUCAGCGGUCGAAUUGAAAUACAUUGGAGGGUUUAAGAUUUGUGUUAGGAACGAAGAUUCAGGACAGUGGGAGUUAGAACGCGUUGUGAUUCCUGAUUGGAAAAAAACUUUUAGGCCAAAUGAUUCGUCUUCUUUCGUAGGAACCAUUGGAACAGGAGAACUUGUUUUUACAGCACCAACCUGGUUGGGUGAUGGAUCAGAGUAUGUGUUGUAUUACAAGACAGGCUCAUCAAAACUAAGCGGAACCUUUAAGUUGAAUGAACCGGAAAUAGGAGCCUAUCACUAUGUUCGAGACUGCUUAAAUCAUUUUGAAUGCCUUCUCCGUACUACUACUUAA